CUCUCAUUCUAAACAUUUCAAAGUUUGCUUUGCUUUCAACUUUAUUCAUCGGUUCCUUUUAAACGUAUGUUCGCCUGAGUCGACUUUGCAUUGAUUUGGCGACUAACUGGAUUAGACCUGUAGAGGAAACUCAACAAUGGAACACUCGGUCCAUUAUAUAGAACUUUCGAAGAAUCCAAUACGUUUUGAUGCUGUUAGCCAAUUGACCAAUGUAUUCUUCGACGAUUCCAAUAAACAGAUUUUCGCUGUGCGCUCGGGAGGAGCCACGGGUGUUGUGGUCAAGGGCCCCACAGAGGACAAGGUUAUUUCAUUUUGCAUGACCGAUCGUGGAGCAAUACGCUCCAUUAAAUUCUCUCCCGACAAUCAAAUUUUAGCCGUACAGAGACGUGAAAACUCAGUGGAAUUUAUAUAUUUUCAAGGAGAUCAGCCACAGUUACAAAAUAUUAUCGUACACCAAGUGAAAGCCUUGGUAUAUGGCUUUGUGUGGGUACACAAUCGAGAGUGUGCCUUGAUUUCGAAUUCAGGGGUGGAAAUAUUUACGGUUAUACCGGAAAAGGGCCAAGUUAAAUCGAUUAAAUCAAUGAAUUUAAGCAUCAAAUGGUUUGCCUGGUGUUCGGAAGCCAAUAUUGCCGUACUGUGUACGACAGAUAGUCAAAACUCAUUGAUUCCAGUGCUGAUAAAACAAAAAUCCAUUACAAAGCUGCCGAAAUUGGAUUUGGGCAGUGGUAGCCGUGAAAUACAAGAAAGUAAAGUGACUUUGGGACAAAUUUAUGGUGUCAUGGCUGUCUUGAUACUCCAACCUAGUAGUGCCGGCAUGAUUGAAGUGGAGGUAUAUCUGCUCAACGGGCCCGGUCUGGCACCACGUAAAUGUCAUGUCUUACGCCUCGGUUUAGUUGGCCGCUUUGCCAUAAACACUGUUGACAAUCUCAUUGUGGUCCAUCACCAGGCAUCGGCCACAUCUUUGCUAUUCGAUAUAUCAUUAAGUGGUGAAGUUACAAAUGAUGUUACGUAUCACAAACCGAUAACAGCUGGACGUUCCAUAAGACCAUUUGCUUUGAAAUUACCUAGCCUGCUGCCAGAUGGCCAAAUUUUACAAUGUGAAUUGUACUCUACAAAUUGGGUUUUAUUCCAGCCGAACAUUGUUAUUGAUGCCAAAUUGGGCUGCAUGUGGUAUCUGCAUUUGGACAUUGAAUCAUUGUGUACUUUAAUAUCGGAUCGUAUAAGGCUGACCGAGUUCCUUUUGCAGCGUAACAAUGGCAAGGCGGCUUUGUUGCGGGUCAUUCGCACUCUGGUCAAUGACCAAUAUAAUGGCUCAUUUUUACCCGUAUUGGAGACAAUUUUCAAUAAGAUCAAUAAGGUUUAUGCCUCCUGGGUUCAAUUGGAAUUGCAAAAUCAAACGGCACAACCUUCAAAUGUAAAGACAACACCCAAACUUCCUGCACCACCCAAAGUAUUAAUCGAACAAUGCGACAUGCAUAGCCAGGUCUUCCAAUCGAUUGCCGAAAAGCCACAAUGUGAAACUAUUCUUCUGCUCUAUCUACAAUCACUGUGUCAACACAAUAUUGCCGCCCAGGAAGACCUAAGCAAAAUGAUCAUCAAUGAACUAAUACGUAAUAAAAGUUUUGACACUUUACGCCGUCUCGUGGAAUAUUCCCUGUUGAUGGAAUCGAAAGCUAUUGCCUGCUAUCUCUUGUCACAUUCCAAUGAAGAUUGUGCUGUGUCGCAAGUUGCCUUAGAUAUGUUGAAUAAAAUCAAAGCCUAUGAAAUUGCAAUUGAAGUCUUGCUGGGUCAAGGCAAGGUGAUUGAUGCGCUACGUUUGGCCAUUAACACAACGGAAACGGAACGUAUAUCGGCUAGGAAAUUUCUAGAAGCUGCCCUAAAGACCAAAAAUGACAUCACAUUUUUUAAUGUUUAUAAGUUUUUCCAACUGCGUAAUGUGAAAAAGCAUGGUAGUACGGAUUUUUUGAAAAGUGAACAGUGUUAUGAGUUUGUCCAACUUUAUAAUAGCCUAUAUAAUUGUGCAACACCAACUCCAUGAGGGGAGGAAAUCAUAUAUAAAUGUAUGUGUAUCUGUGUGUGUAUUAAUCUAAAUUAUAUAUAUAUUUUUGUAAACCUCUAUUAUACAGCAAAAGGUGCUUUUCAUUAUACAAUUUUAACGAAUAAAUCUGACAACUAAUUUUAAAGACGUAAUAA